CCUUGAUCCCAAUUGCAUACUACAAAGACAAAAGCAUUAGGGCCUUCCUUGGUAGUGUCGCAACUUGAACCUACGCCAGUCUGGAUUGGCUCGGGUUGUCCAAAUGGCCACCCAAGAAGCUAGUGCCAGCAUCAACGAUGCGCUCGCCAAUGCUAGCAUCAGCGCUGGCCAUGCAUCUCGAUGCAAAGAUGACAGCAUGCAGUCGAAUAUCUAUGCAAUCUUUUUUUCGGAUGCGAACCUCAAUUUCGCUCUGUCCGAAUGGCUCGCGGUAACCGAGUAUCUGGGUGUCGCGUAUGAAGUCGUACCGUGGUCUUCCACCUUGUCGCAUCUCGCUAGCGUCGCACCACAGUCUCGCGAAGCAGCGCAGCUCUACUCACAAGGCAGCAGCAACAAACGAAUCCACAACGAGCAGACGCCAGAAUGGGAUUCUCCAUUCGUUCUGUUCCACAUUCCAGCUGGCAACGAAGCCGUCGAGCGCAUCUGCAAGCGCAGUGUAGCCAUCAAAGACGCGUGGGAGCUCUGGGCUGAGGCUGCUGACCAUGCAGAAUUGCACGCCAAGCUUCAAUCACCUCAAGGGAAUGCGAAAUGGCAGAAAUACUGCGAUGAAAGGACCUCUUGGAAGUUCGAUGUGCUCAACUUUGGAUACAGGAUUUCAGAGUACGAACAGCGAGCACUCUUUCAAGGCUUUUCCUACAUGGCCGCCGCUCUUACGGGCGAUAUCAAGAUGAAAGGCGCAGAGCUGCUGGUUGGUGUUGUCCAGCUACAUGAGAAGGGCUUAGCAGCAGAGGCAUCAAAAGAAGCCAGACGAGCUGAGAAGGCGAAGACUGGGCACAUCACUAAACCUCAACAUAUCUUCGUCGGGAGGAAGCUCCAGAUCGAAUUUGGCAGGGACAAGGUUGAUGUCUUUGACGUCAAGAAGAGGGUAUAUAUUGGAAACACGACCAUGGAGAGCGAAAUGAGUCUUCGAAUGGCUCUGAUGGGCUUGGCCGGCCCCGGGAAGAUCAUUUACGAUCCAUUUACCGGCACGGGUUCAAUGCUGCACGCAGCGUCUCUAUACGAUGCUUAUGUACUCGGUGCCGAGAUAGACGUCCGGGCGUUGCGUGGGAAAGAGCUAGCAGGUCCAGGUAAGACUGGUAUCAUGAAAGUCGCCGAACAGUACGGCUGCACGCAUCGAUAUCUCGAUUGCCUGCACAUGGACUUUACGCAGCCUGCGUGGCGCAAAGAGGUUUACCGCGAUCAAGGACUGUUCGAUGCCAUCAUCACCGAUCCACCGUAUGGUGUUCGAGCCGGUGCAAAGAAGCUUGGCCUCCGAGCAAAUGGGCGGCAUCACGACGGACCGGUCAUCAUGCCCGAUGGAACGCCUGCACAUCUGACCAUGGAUUACCACCCUCCGAUGCGCGCCUAUCACCUCCAAGAUCUGCUGACGGACUUGAUGAAGCAGUCGUCGCGUCUGCUCAAAGAUGACGGCCGCCUGGUUUUCUUUGUGCCGUCCAUCAGCGAGGAGGAGGACAAGAAGACGCAUGUGCCCGAGCAUCCAGAUCUUGUGCUGAUCGCCAAGAAUUACCAGGAUUUCGGAUACUGGGGCCGCAUUCUGAUCACCAUGCGGCGAAAGCGGCGCACGGACGGCGCUAGUGGCGGUUUUGCAAGUGACCGCAACGGAUCUGACACCGGCGGCGUGAGGCAUGAUGGCUUCAUUUCCUCCUCGACGACUUCGUUCUCUAGGGCAAACGAAGACGCGCACGAGUUCCGCAAUCUGUUCCACAAUCGAAGCAUGUAGGGUGAGGAUUCCCAUGAAGUGAUCGCUUCAAGCAAGCAAUCAAAGCAGUGGGUAGUGAAUGCAGCACCGAUGAUCCAAGUAUAUCGAUGCCCGGUGAUAAUGAAUACAACAAUGAAAG